AUGGCCCGCCUCGUCAUCGCGCUCGCGGCGUCGGCCGCCGCCCUCACGCAGGAAGAAGCCCAGUGCGUCGCAUCCUUCAACGGCGGCCAGACCUUCGUCAUGAGCGGCGACUCGAACAUGCGCUACGAGUUCCUCGCCCUCAACGAGUUCGUCGAGAAGGGCACGGUCAUGUCCUCUUUGUCAAGAAACGGCGACAAGAACAAGGGCCAGAUCGACACCCUGAGCUUCUGGACGGACGUCCCGAUCCCGCAGUACGACCCGCUCCGCACGAAGGACGGCUCCCACAUGCGCCGCAUGGACAAGAAGUAUAAAAGUGGCGGGAGCGCGUCCUUCUUCUUCCUCCAGAAGACCUGGCAGGACUUCUUCGGCGAUAGCAAGGGCCCCAAGCAGGCGUGCGCGGGCGCCCGGAACUGCGUGAUGAUAUAUAACGUCGCGCGCCGCGUGGAAAUCACGCCGUCGAGCCGACGCGGCUUGGGAGAGAGUGUCGUGGUUCGGGUCUCGCCCGCGCGCCGUCGACGCGUCACUCCCCGCGCAGACACAGCGCCCAACGGAAGAGCCCGGCGAUCCCACACGUAAACCUACAAAAAAGCCGACGCCCCAACCGUCGCGCGCGCCCACCUAUAAACCAUCGGCGCAACCGUCGCGGGAACCCACAGACAAACCAACACCAAAGCCGUCCACCUCAAAACCCACGCCGCAGCCGACGACGCCUAAACCGACGAACACGCCGCUAGGCUGCCCCCGCGUCCGCCUGGCCGACGACUGUCCUCGUCAAAGGCCGCCGUCGUGCGGUGCGGGCGGCCACGCGCCGGGCGAUUUUUGCGAGGGCGACGGCGCUUGUGAGAUCACUGACGAGGUCAAGAACUGCGCCUACGCGUCCCGGCGACGCCUGCAAGACGAGAGCAACGCGGCCGUUUAUGUCGUGAGGGUGGCCGCGCCGACGAUGGCACCAACUGCAAAACCGCGGCCCAAAAAGUCGUCGUCCUCGGCAAGCGACGUGCCGGCCUGGGGCUUCGCCGUGGCGGCGGCGGCGCUUGUGUUAUUCGUCGUGGCGAUCUGCGCGUGCUACGUCGCGGGCAAGGAGGCGAGGGCUUGCCUCGACGGCGACGAGCGGUGUGGAAAAAUCAUGACCUCCACGCCAUCGACGCGACGCCUGCUCGACGGCGUGGCGGUGUCGAUUCCUCACCAUCGUCGCGAUUGGUUGAUUUCCACGCAGGCGACCAGGAGGAAGACGUCAAGCCGCGGCGGCUCCCGUCCGAGCUCCGCAAGGCGCGCUCGCAAGGCCCGCUCCCGGCCAAGGUCGACUACGAUUCUGAUUCUGAUGACGACCUCGCGCGGCUCCGCAUGUUGCGGGCCAAGAAGGGCCUGCCUCCCAUACUACGUGAAGAGACGAAGGUCGGCGACAUCUCUCCAUUAACUCCGGAGGCGAAGCGACGAUCAAGGGGCCGCGCGUCGACGCCGGACGCGGAGGCGCUGGCGGCCGCGGCCGCGGCGUCGUCAACGCGGCGGCCCGACCGCCGGCGCGGCCUCGGGCCGGCCGACGGCCUCGCCGCAGGUACGACGAGGGCCGACGGCGCCGGCGCCGGGAGCGAUCGCCGGCGCGGCCUCGGCCCGGCCGACGCCGCCGCUGGUACGAGCGCGUACUGGGCCCGGAAGAGCCCCGACCGCCGCGCGGCGCCCGCCUUCUCGCCGGCGACGGGCCGCGCGCCGCCUCCCUCCACACGGUCCCUCGCGGCCGCCGGCGCGGCCGCCGGCGCCGGUGCGGCGCUCGCCCGGCGGCGGAGCUCCGACAUGGACACAGUCCGCCGCAGCACUUCUGAUAUGGACCGGUCCGCGCCGUCGCCGCCGCGCGCGCACCGGCGCACGCCCUCGGACAUGGACAUCCGGGGCGAUAGUCCCGUCGACCUCGAGAUGGCGGCGGGCGCUGGCGCGCGCGGGCUCGCGCGCGACCGGCGCCGCGACCGGUCGCCGCCGCCGCCGCGCGACGUCGCCUGGUCGCCGCCGCGGACGUCGUCCGAGUCGCGGCGGCCGCGCGAGGCGCCGCCGGUCGCGCCGCCGGUCGCGCGCUCGGCGUCCUCGCACUCGUCGGCGCGGUCGCCCUCCUACUACCGCGACCGCGCCUCGCGGACGGCGUCGCGCGACUACUCGCGGCCGUCGCGGCAGACGUCCGCGGAGACUUUCGCGACGCCGUCGAGCCUGGCGUAUGCGGCCCCGGCGGCGUCGCGGCCUGACCGCCGGCGCGGCCUCGGCCCUGCCGAUGGGGCCGGCGCCGCCGGGAGUACGUACGCGGCCCCCGCGGCGCCGCGGCGGUCGGCGCCUCGCGCUGUCGCCUACGCGACCUGCGUCGACGCGUUCCGGGCCGUGCGGCCGGGCGAACUGAGCCUGCGCGCGGGCGACCGCGUGGCCAUCCUCGACUCGAGCGACGCCGUGUGGUGGACCGGGAGCUGCCGCGGCGCCUCGGGAAAGUUCCCUUGCUACCACGUCGACCACGUCUCGACCUCGCCCGACGCGUCCGUGGUGGCGCCGAGGGCUUCGCCGCGGCGGUACUACUGA